AUGAAUGAGUUCGCUGAGUUGCGGUGCCAGAACCAGCUGCUCAAGGCUGAGAACGCGGUGCUGCAGCGCAAGCUAGAGGAGGAACGGGCGCAACGGCAGCAGUCCCAACUCGACGAGAACCACUACAAGUUGCAAGCCGAAGCGUGUCGCGAGGCGAUUGAAAAGACUGACAGCAACGCGCAUGUACUAGCGCUUUAUGAUGAACUACAUCGUCUGCGGAAAAAGUGCGACAUCUACGCGGAGGCUGUGGAGGAGUCUCGGAGCUACUUUUUCGAGAUGAAGCGACUGUACAUGGAGGUGUCGCCGUAUCUGCGCUCGUUUUCCAGUGAUGCCCAGGCGCACCGCGCAGCGUCCGUUUGA